AUGAAGUUGGCUAUCCAGUGGUGUCCAGUUUCACCAGAAUUCCAAGAGGAGAAGGGAGGGGUGGUACAAGGGCCUGAUGACACCAGCCAGGCACAGGGACACGGACCGCAGGCGUGUCCAGGUGCGCCCUCACGUCCAGCUCGGCCUGCGCCGGAGGAUGCGGUGGCGGGGCUGCAUCCCGCGGGACACGUCCGUCCCUCAGCGCCCCUCCCUCCCUUUCCUCGAAGAUCCCGCGCUGUGUUUGCUCAAUCGGGGAUGCCCGAGCGCUUCCGCCGCGCUCCGUCCCCUCGCCCCCGCUGCGCGGCCCCGGGGCGCGGCCUGGGUCCCGCCUCUGCGCGGCGCUGCCCCAUAUAUGCGGCGGCGGCGCCCGUCAGCGGCAGCUCCCUCAGCGCGCCCAGCAUGCUGCGUGCCGCCGCCCCGCCACGGGCACUGCUGCUCGGCGCGCUGCUCUGGCCCCUGGCCGCCGGCUACAAGGACCUACCAACAGCAGUCAAUAUAACUUGGUCUUCAAUCAAUUUUAAAACUAUACUACAGUGGCAACCAAAACCAUCAGGCUACUUCUAUACUGUAGAAAUACAUGGACAGACAUCUGACGUGAGGAGAAAAUGCAUACUGACAUCAGAAACAGAGUGUGAUGUUACUGAUGCGCUCAGGAAUGUAAAGGAGACCUAUACAGCACACAUACUGUCUGUAAAGCCUGCGGAGAUGGAUAACUUUGAAGAGCCACUUUAUAAUGUCUCUGAAAAAUUUACACCUUAUAACCAGACUGUUAUUGGAAAACCAGAGAUAACGGAUUAUUCACAAAAAGGUUCCAAACUGAAUGUCGUGUUCAAAGAUCCGCUUACACCAUACAUAUUUCCUAAUGGAAGCUUUAUGAGUAUUCAAGAUAUUUUCCAGCAUGACCUGGAAUACAAACUCUAUUACUGGAAAGAUCAAAGUUCUGGAAAGAAAGAUGUAACAACAAAAAGCCAUAAUUUUGAAGUAAGCGUUGACAGCGGAAAGAACUAUUGCUUCUAUGUCCAGGGAAUCAUUCCCUCUCGCAGAGAAAAUCGUAAUGGCCAAGAAAGCAGGGUGCUCUGCACCAGUGUAGGAAGGAAUAUCUUAGAUGAAUAUGGAACAGAAGUCUUUAUCAUCUUAGCAGUGAUAGCAGUUGCAGUCAUCACUCUCGCCAUUGUCCUUCCCGUGGUUCUGUGUAAACGCAAGAAAGCAAAGAGAGCAAGAGCUGAGAGAGAAAAGGAGCUGCUUAAUGGUAUCUAAGGAAAAAGUACUGCAGACCCUAGUGGCAGAGCCAAAGCAGAAAAAACCCCAACUGUAGGAGUGACGGGGGGUAGCACGGUCAGGACAGACGGAGAUGAGAGACCUCUGAAGCCAGGUUGUGGAACUUGCUGUUUAUUGCAAAGGGCCUGGGUGCAGGGCCCUGCUGGGAGCUGCCAGCUGCAGCUCAGAGCAGGCCCGAGAGAAGAGAGGGGUGGAGAGGAUGAGAGGGUGAAAGAGUAAAAGCAUAAAAGGGGUAAGAGCUAAGAGGCAAGAGUAAGAGUACAGAAAGUAAGUAAGUAAGUGAAGCUCCCGUUACAAUAUAAUAAAUCAUCUUCUAUGUUGAAUAUUCUAAUUCUCACUAACCAAUCUAGUACAAGAUACAAAUCCUAUAGCAUUUCCAUAUAACUAUAAGAAUCACUACAUUACCAUAUUGUGCUACAUUUUAAACCCUAAAAACUACUCUUUAGACCCCUUCUGCCAAGCUGACAGGGUCUGCUCUGACCCUUGGACCUGCCUGCUUGCAGAGGGUCUUGUUUCAUCAAAAGGGCAUUACCUUCAGCGGCCACACCAUUGUUCAGUAACUAAGGGAUCUCAAAGCUUGCUUUCAUUUCAAUCUCGCUUAUAGUCUCUAUAUUCUCAAAAUCUUUUGCCAGGCAAUCAUAUUUAUAAGGCUUUCCUCUUUCAUCUUCCCCAACACCCAACAACAGAAUUGGGUAAUUGAGUGGACCCUUUUAGGCUCUCUGAAACAGAAAUUCUGAAGCCCAAACUUUAUGUGGAUUAAAAAAUCCACUAGACAGUACAGACAAAAAAUCCAGAUAUCAGGAAGCCCUGUGUCAUUAGAACAUUCUGGUGAUCUGUUACAAUCAUAGAAUUAUAGAAUGUGCUGAGUUGGAAGGGACCCAUCAGGAUCAUCGAGUCCAACUCCUGGCCCAGCGCAGCACCAUACCCACAAGUCACAGCCUGUACCUGAGAGUGCUCUCUGACAGCUUCUUGACCUCUGCCAGGCUGCUGCUGUGACCACUGCCCUGGGGAGCCUGUUCCAGUGCCCAAACACCCUCUGGGUGAAAAUCUGUUCCCUGAUAUGAACCAGAACCUUCCCUGACUCAGCUUCAUGCUGGAUUUUUGAGUCCUGUCACUGGUCACGAGAGUGAAGAGAUUGGCACCUGCCCCUCUGCUUCCUUGGCAAGGUUGUUGAAGUGUCUCCCCUCAGUCUCCUUUUCUCCAGCUGAACAGACCAAGUGACCUCAGCCACUGCUCACACAGCUUCCCUUCUGGAGCCUUCACCAUCCUUUGGACCCUCUCUAACAGCUCAAUGUCUUUUUUGGAUUGUGGCACCCAGAAGCCGCCAGCACUCGAGGUGAGGCCGCCCCAGCUCAGAGCAGAGCGGGACAAUCCCCUCCCUUGCCUGGCUGUGAUGCUGUCCCUGAUGGCCCCAGGACAGGGAUGUCCCUCCUGGCUCAUGUUCAACUUUGCCUUGACCAGGUCCCCCAGGCCCCUUUCUGCUGUGCAGCCUCUCCUUCCCCAGCCUGUCUGUGCACCAGGGCUGCCCCAGGCCAGGUGCCAAGCCCAGCACUUUCCCUUGUAGAACUCCCUAUGGCUGGUGAUUGGCCAUCUCUAAAUUGCCAAGGUCUCUUUGCAGAGACAUUUUUCAUAGACUGUUCCCAAGCUCCUUCUGUUGUCCUGUCAAACAGGAUUCUGAACUAGAGGUACUUUUAACUUGAUCAGCAUGGCCUUAUUGAGCCAGAAGAUUUACGGUACUUGUGAGGGGAAAAAACACUACUUUUGAAAAAUAGAUGUCCUUUACCUAACUAAAAGGAAUAUUUUUCUGUUUCUAUGAAACAAACCCUGUAUUUAUCUGCCUCUAAACAAUAUUAACUGGUGAAAUAAUCUGUUAGUUCAGAUAUGACAAAAUUGCUACUAUUAUUUUUGCACUUCUUGGAUAAAAUUAACUUGGUCUGUUUAUCUUUGGAUGCAGACAAAGGUAAACAAACUAAAACUGCUGCACUGGCAACUUGUAAGAAACACUAUUGAAGCAGGUACUUGCUCUUUAUCUGGAAAGUAUAUCCAGUUACACUACACCUAGAGUUAUACAGACAGGGGAGUCUGAUAGUUUCAACUAAGUGUUAGAACAAAUACUUUGCAGGCUUUGAGUCAACAGUAACUCGCUUCAGCAAGCACUGAAUAGGUAGCAGUAUUUAUUGCAUUUGAACAUCAUUUUUAAUUAACAGUUGAAGAAUGAUUUCUGUGGUGUAGAUUCAAAUCAUCUUGGUGAUGGAAUUUGGAGAUCCUUGUUGCUUUGACUUUUAGUAUUUAUAAAUGAGAAUUUAUAUAUUUAUAUAAUUAUAUAUAAUAAAUAUAUUAUAUAUAUAAUUAUAUUUUGUAUAUAAUUUUAUAUAUAAUUAUGUUUAUAUUAUAUAUUUAUAUAAAUAUAAUUUUAUAUAUAUAUAUAUAUGUCUAAUUUUUAUACUGGUGUUAUCUGUAUUUAU